GGUGUCAUCCACACAUAGGUUGUACUGCUUUUAGUAUUUUUGUGGAAAAAAAUCGCCUUUUUUUAGUACAAUGGCUAAAACAUUGAUUGUGACAUUCCUCCUUUGUGUUGCUGUAGCCACUGUUGCAGCAACAACGACCAAUUCACCACCUACCACAACACCACUACCUACAACCACGAAAACUACAACUACAACAACUAAAGCUCCAACCACAACUAUAACUUCAACCACAACAACUAAAGCUCCAACCACAACUAUAACUCCAACCACAACAACAAAAGCUCCAACACCUGCACCAUCUUCAACAACUACUCCACCAACAGGAACUCCACCUACAGAGGGUUCGAGUGUUUCACCGAAUACAGGAUCUUCCCAAACGAACGCUCCCUCCACAGCACCAGUGACUGAACCUCCAAAGCCUUCAAGUGCUUGUGCUUCAAACCCAUGUGGUGGUGGAAGCACCUGUGAGGAACGUUUUGACGAGACUUUCACUUGCUUGUGUCUGCCUGGUGACGUUUAUCAGGGUGACUGUCAAAGAGCCAAGGUUUUCCCUGGACUGCUACAGUUGGGGACACCAUAUGAUGAGAAAAUGGCAGACAAAACAUCACAAAUAUUUAAUGAGACUGCCAAAAGAAUUAUUGAAGAGAUUGACGGACAGUUCACAGGUGCAAAAAAUGGAUACAUUAGAGCUAUAGUGCUGGAGCUAAGGGAACAAAACGCUAAUGCGAGGGCACAGAGACAGUCAGGAAACGUUGAAGCAUCAGUAGAAAUCAUAUAUGAACCAACUGCUGAAAUCACGCAAGAAACUGUAACAGAAACCAUGAAAGAUGUCGCCUGCACAGGAUGUGCACUGGAAGGAACCUUUAUCGUCAAAAACCUUUGUGAUUCCAAUCCAUGUGACACUUCAUCUUCAAAGUGCAGUUCUGCAGAGGGCACUUUCCAGUGCACCUGUGGUGAUGGCUUUAUUGACACAGAUUACACUGACAGAUUAUGCUUGGCAUGUCCCAGUGGUCAGAAACCUGUGAACAAUGAAUGUAUAAAUUGUGGCUUUGGUUUGACUGGCUUCAACUGCAAGGACAACACGUUGUUGAUCGUUGUGAUCGUUUGCUGUAUCCUCGGCGCUCUGGUGAUCGCUACAUUGAUCGCUUUGCCAUUGGUAGCAAAAAAAUCCAAGAAGAAAAGCUCCAAGAGAAAUGAGGAAGACAUUGGGAAACCCUACCAAAGUCAUUCUGUUGCCAAGGCCCCACUAUCCUACAGCAAUGGCAACAGCAACGACUUUUCCGCUUCAGUUAAAGAGCCAACAAACAGCCUGGCGAAUUCUGGGGCCCCUCGAAUCCCACGAGCCACAGCCAACAGCAACUGGGAAAGCAGGACCAACCUGGAGAUGACUCCAAGCAACAGUCGACAAAACUUGAUUCCUUCAAGGAUGAACUCGCGAUUCAACAACAACCAAGAUGACAUGUACUCGUUCUCCCAGAAUCGACCCAAAAACCACGCUUAUGAGGAGAUGCAACCCAAGAGCAACCCUUAUUCCCAGAACCGAGCCUCAAACCCUUACGCUCAGACCCGAGGCCAGACAAACCCUUACUUUAAUUAAGGAAAGGGAAGCUGAAUCACUUCAGGGGUUCCUAUAUUGGUGUUUUUUCCCCUAGUGACUGCAAUUCAUUGGAAACCCAAUGAUGUAAAAGAUGUAAACAGAAGCAUAUCAGCUAAGAUGUGCAACGUAAUGUAGUAGAUAUUGUUGUAUCAUGUGUUCCUUUACUACUUUUAGCUGUUAUUGUGUGACUUCUAUCCUAUAAGCUGUAAUAAACCAAUCUGCUUUUCAUUGUUUAAAUCUUUUUAAUUCUUGUAUUCUGAUUCACCCAUAGUUCUGUAUGCUGAUUGAACAUGAGUCCAUCAUUUAUUCCAUGUUGAAAUUUCUUUUUGUUCAUCUAUGAAUUUACUACAUUUGUUUUUUGCUCAGCAUUUCAGGCUUAAUUUGAGUCUCAGUUUUAAGUUUAACUAAGUUUUGGUAAAUGAGAUGAGCUGAAAAUUUCUCCAAAUUAGAGAAUGUGAAGAUGUUCAUCAUCUUUCAAUAUAUUUUAUAUAGCGGUAAAAUUAUUUAUAAUUCCAAAAGUUUGCAAUAUUUAGCAAUGCUUGUAUCCUUUCUCUUUUUGUAUUUCAUAGUAUUAUGUUGUAUUUAACUCAAAAGCUGCAAAUCAGAGAUGAUCUGUAUUUGAAAUUUACACUUGCAUUUUUUAUAUGAGUAAAUAAUAAAGAUUGGAUUGCCUA